GUAUUUUUGUUCCGUGUCAAAGACUGCUAGCUGAUAACAGGCUACAGUAGCCGUCAGCAGUAGCAGACUAGCUAUCAAACAAAUCAAUUACCGCAGACGAAAUUAACACCACGUUGGAUUUAAAAAAAUCUUUACACGAGAUAUUUGAUCUGAAGACAACGUCGCAUUGAAGUUUCACAAAAGGCAGCUCUGGAGAAUAGCUAGCUAUCCCACAGUUAGCCUAGCCUGGUUUGAUAGCAGCACUAGCAAGCCGACCGACAUCACAGUGAAAAUUGGUUUUGGUUAUUUAUAUAAUAGUCAGGCGUCUUGGAAUACUUUGCUAUCUUUGAUUGGUUGCAACUUUUAGAUUCGUUAUCAUUUUGUUCCGUCAGUCCGGUUACAGAUCACCGAAUCCGUCAAAUCGGCCGGUUGAGUGUCAGUUCUGCUAAGUUCUCCUUUGGGACAAAUUUGCUGCCGAUUAAAAAAUCCAGCACGCCUAAAAAUGAAUUCAAAUGUGGAGAACUUGCCGCCUCAAGUGUUGAGACUCGUCUAUAAAGAAGUUUCAGCUUUAGCAGCAGAUCCUCCUGAGGGGAUCAAAAUCUACCCCAGUGAAGAGGACAUCACAGAGCUGCACACUUCCAUUGAGGGCCCAGAAGGAACUCCAUAUGCAGGUGGUGUGUUCCGGAUGCGUUUGGUGCUUGGGAAGGACUUUCCUGCCGUUCCUCCCAGAGGCUAUUUCCUCACAAAGAUUUUCCAUCCUAAUGUUGGGCACAAGGGUGAGAUCUGUGUCAAUGUACUCAAGAGAGACUGGAAAGCAGAGCUGGGCUUGAGACAUGUAUUGUUGACCAUCAAGUGCCUUCUGAUCCACCCAAACCCAGAGUCGGCUUUGAAUGAAGAGGCUGGGAAGUUACUAUUGGAGGACUAUAAGGAGUAUGCAUCCCGUGCUCAUCUUCUAACAGAGAUUCAUGCUAUGGGAGGCACUUCAGGGGCCCCUCAGGAACCUGCAGACGGACCCCAACCCAAGAAACAUGCAGGAGACCCAAACAAACGUGUAGUUGGGGCAGGUUUGCCAACAAUGGGUACUGGCACCAACAACUCCAAUAUUAGCAAUACUAAUAUAGUCGCAAAGAAAAAAACAGAUAAGAAACGAGCUCUGAGGCGGCUAUAAAAGAUCUGUGCUUUUCUGUGUAUAUAUAAAUAUUGAAGUGUGCAGACCACCUUUUCUCCUCCUCCAACUGUCCUUGUGUUUUAGGAUGGCACAUUGGUUUUGUCAUGUUCCUCUCAUUUUCGUUGCAUUCGUCUCUUCCCACUUUACUCUCAGGACUUGAACUGUCCUCGUGGCAAUUCUCUCUUUGUUUCAUUCACAAAAGGGGUUUUUCAUCCAUGUUUUUGAAAGUUUUAUCAUUGUUCAGAUUAUGAAAGCGGUAGUAAAAGUUUUUGAACAUUUAUUUGUGGCCUCUAGCAUUACAUAAUGACCAUCAGCUGGAUUUUAGUGUAUAUUGUCGGCACAGAAUUUAUAAUAUAUUUAGAUAGAUUGCAGGUGUGAUAGGACGGUAAUUCUGUCUUGUUAUAUUUGGACUGAACCCAUUGAGGUUUAUCAGUGGGGUUUAAACAGGAAAAGUACAUUGCACAGGAUAGGAUCAUUGUAUGUGUGUUUGUGGUGAGAAAGAAGAUCAGGAAUAACAGACGGGGGAGGGGUAAAAUGUGGUCUGAAACUCGAGUUUUUGUUUUGUUUUUUUGUGAGUGCGUAUUUGUGUGGUGUUAUUUUUGUUUCCAAUUUGUACUAAUUUUGUUUUUCUAUUUCAUAGUCUCUUUUCAAAAAUCCUUUUGUUCCCAUUUUUUUAAGCAAACAGCUACAUUUACCCAACACUGAUGUUUAAGAUGGAUUCCUUAAAGCCUCGAGGCCAGUUGGGGCAGAGCAAUAUGGGCAAAUAGUUAAUCAUGAAAUUUAACCCAUCAAGAGCAACCUCAUCGUUGAAAGUAGUCCUCAUCUUUUGAGUAGUUUGGUUGUUAAAAAUAGAUUUUUCUUAAAUGUCCAUAGCUGCAUUUAUCUCUGGCUCUGCUGGUCUCUAUCUAAAGGCUGUUUUAAGGAACAUUCCACUUUUUAAGGGAUGAAAUAAGCUCAUUUUACAGCUCCCCUGCAAUUAAACAGUUGAGUUUUUACCAUUUUUUUAAUCCAUUUAACCGAUUUCCAGGUCUGUGGAGGAGCACUUUUAGCUUAGCUUAGCAUAAAUCAAUGAAUCAGAUUAGACAACUAGCAUCUUGCUCAAAUUUCAUAAGAUUUUGAUGGUUUUCCUAUUCUUACAAUUGGAAGUUGCUGUUUUCUAGUUCAAUAUGGCUAAGAACUAACAUAAAAAUAAAUCCCUUUUAAAAUUAUUGAAUUAAGAUGCUAAUGGUCUAAUCUGAUUCUAUGAUUUAUGCUAAGCUAAGCUAAAAGUGCUCCUCCACAGACCUGGAAAUCGGUUAAAUGGAUUAAAAAAAUGGUAAAAAAAAAAAAGCUAAAACUUUUCCUGCUUGACUUGGAGAUCAGCUGAAUGAAUUAAAAAACGGUGAAACUUCACUGUUUAACUCCAGGGGAGUUGUAAAAUGAGCCUGUUCCCAAAAGUGGAAUGUUUCUUUUUUUAAGGAAUCACGUCUUGUAGUUUGUUGUUGCCUGUUGUUAUACUGUGGUGGACCUUCAGUUAAAAAAGAUCCUCGCUAACAACAUACAAACUUUGGGCAGGAUGUGAUGGCAGAAACCGUUUACCCGUAUUUAAAAGCUUGUGGAUAAACAUUAGGGCAUUUUGUGGCCGUUUAAGUUAUUUAAAUUAAUAAGAAAUAAAGACAUUUUAGGGAGCAA